GAGAGCCAAAUUUACACGAGAGAGCAGAAUAGCUCCUCAGAUUGCUUGGAACAGUGCUAGACAUUGAAGAGAGCUAAAUUCUAUUGGGGUAAAAGUACACCUAAAAAAAAUUUCUUACUCCAGGUUGGGAAUUUUCCACGUGCCAACAUGUGCACUUAUUAAGCACGAGCGUAGGAGGAGAAGCAUAUGGUGGUGUGUUGGGGAGAAUUGCUUUGCCAGUUGUUUGAUCCAAAGGGCUGAGUAAUGGCUCCAUGCCAUUUCUAAAACAAAAAGGACAAAGUACCCAUCUCAUCAAGUUAGAUCUGAGUUUUCUAACCUUCUUGGGCAAAGGGGAAUCCAGUGUUAAAUGUGUUAGAUCCCAGGAAGGUGGUGAUGAAAGCCUGGGAUUGCAAUGGCGAGCUGACCUCCAGCAACCAUUUUUAGGCUUUAUGGGGCUUGUCCAACAUCCUGGAUAUUCUUAAACCUAGCCUUUUGUUCAGAAUUUUUGAGGGGGAGCACAACUAUUGAAGAAGUUGGAAGAAGCAGUGAAAGGUGUGGGGAAAAACAGUCUGUUGAGCAGAGAGAGCCCAAUAGCUUACUGGGGAAAUAUGGUUUCAGUAAAGUACCUCUGUGUGUGUGUGUGUGUGUGUAUAUGAAGGCUUGGCCCACUAUCACUUUAAUCCAGAAGUUCUGCCAAAAUUUCGCCAAGAUUAAAUGAGUUUGGCAGACAGAGGCCUGAAAUAGUUUGAAAUACCAUUCUUCGGUGGACCACUGCCAAUAUAGCACUGGAAACAAUGGCAUUACUAUUCUUUCUGGCUGUGCCCAGGAGCCCUUUGGCAAGACUGAUGGCUGCUACACCGCCCGGUGUAAGGCUUUGACUCACCUGAGAAGACGGUAGCGCUACUCAUUUCAGUAAGGGCUGCAGGACUGGCCUCUAACACAAGCCAGGCAGGGAAGGGGUUGGGCAGAUCGAUCAGGCUGUGGGUUCUGAGUAUUGGAGUCUGCUGGCUGGGUGAGAAGGCUAGUCUGAUGUGAAGUGUAUGUAUACCAUUGCUUCCUCAUGUACAUCUCUGCACCUUCUGAUCCCAUUUGUGUUAUAGAACAUGCACCAGCCUAGAGCUGCAACACCGCCGAGGGGACUGGGUCCUGGUCUGUCCUGUCUGUGGAAAACACCCAUCUUUCUGGAUUGCUAUGGAAGGUGGAGUCUGAGUGUGCAAAAACCCCUGCUUUCCAUGGUCCAUAUCCAGUGGGAAUCUGACCCAGUCCUUUUUCCUUGCCUGAGUGUGCUGUAGAGGCUGAGCUAUUGAAAGGGACAUCCUUGGCUCUCACUUGGGAGUAAGGGACAACUGCCCUGUGGCUGGCCUGGUCAGGAAGUAGAAUCCUCUUCACCUGCAAGUCUCACAUUGUCAAGCCUGUAUUUCUCUGUGCUGAACUAGCAGGGGAGCAGAUUGCUCUAGCCCCAUCUCUUCUCGUUCUCCUCUACCCACCCCUGGCAAUGGAUACCGACGUGACAGGGCUCAAGCUUUCAACCAGUUCUCUUUCCUUUUCCUGUGAGUAACUUUGCCUUUCUGGGGAGAAAGCAUAGAGGCUGUCUGAGUACGCAAAUGUAUGAUUCCUUUCCAUAGUGCAUUGGCACACCCAGACCACAAGGCGGCACCCUCUAAUCUGUGUUUGUAACACGGCUAAAAUUAUAGCUUCUCUUCCCAUCAUUCAGCUUUGAAUUUAACCAUUGAUGUCCCUGUUCUAUAGGUAUAUCAAAGCCUAUCUCAGUUUAUACACAGACCUGGGGUAUAAUUAUUGGCCUCAAAUGCUGAAUCAUUAUACUGAGUUUUGAUCAGGUUACACAAGGGUCAGUCUUGAGAGUCAGGGAUUAGGGGCCUGUUCCCAGAUCAACACUGGGAUCCGACUCUCCUAUCUCACAGGAGUGUUUGUAAGUACUUGGACGUCCCCAGCCGAGGCCGUGUGAGUGUAAAACACUGGCUUGGUUAUAAACAACUCCCAACAAGCUGGCCCUAAGGUGCCAGGGCUCUGUGGCAGCCUCAUUUAAAUUUAAAAAUGGAGGGUUUUAACAAUUUAAAUACAAACAUUAUGAAUCUGUUUAGUAAGUACCCAUCUGCAAAACUGUGAGGAGAGAGUUUGGGCCUGUGAUAAUCACGCUUGCUGGAUCUUUUGCUAAAAUGCUCAGUAGUAAAAUAGGAUUGACAUUUAAACUCCCACUACGUUUUGGCAUCACCAGCACCACAUUGAAACAAACAGGGCAGUUCACACCUUUCAGAGCUGCUAUUGGAGGCUGUUUGCAGACUCUGGAACCCAGCACUGUACUGGUUACACUCAGUUCUCGUUUUCAGGGUUCUCUCACCCAGGUGGGCAAGAAAUUUUUUUGUUUUUAAUGACAGCGGAGAUUUUAAUGACCCAGUUUUGCAGCCACAGAAGAGACAGGGACCUGUUUGUAAGCACAUUUGGCCUUGUUUUAAGCUUCCCUCCUGGUACUUUGUUGUGUGGUGUUCCUGCUCAGGUUCCAUUCCACUUGUGAGCCCUGGAACUGGGUUAGGAAAUAGAUGAUUUAAUCAGCUGGAGUUGUGAUGCUCUGCAGCCUUGGGGAAGGCUUCUUUCCUUGGCACACAACCUGUGCAGUGCUGCAAGGAUGUGUUGCUGAGUAUCUAGGCAGUCAUGCUUGCCCUUGCAGACUGGCAGCAUGAGGGAGCAACCCUUAAUGCUUCCAGGCCACAGUUGCCAAGUGGACUCAAUUGCGUCAGCAUUAUGGGCUGUUUGCUCGGGUGCUGAAGAAGGUGUUCUUUGCCAAGAAGGCCAAUGGCAUUUUGGGAUGUAUAAGUAGGGGCAUAGCGAGCAGAUCGAGGGACGUGAUCGUCCCCCUCUAUUCGACAUUGGUGAGGCCUCAUCUGGAGUACUGUGUCCAGUUUUGGGCCCCACACUACAAGAAGGAUGUGGAUAAAUUGGAGAGAGUCCAGCGAAGGGCAACAAAAAUGAUGAGGGGUCUGGAACACAUGACUUAUGAGGAGAGGCUGAGGGAACUGGGAUUGUUUAGUCUGCAGAAGAGAAGAAUGAGGGGGGAUUUGAUAGCUGCUUUCAACUACCUGAGAGGUGGUUCCAGAGAGGGUGGUUCUAGACUGUUCUCAGUGGUAGAAGAGGACAGGACAAGGAGUAACGGUCUCAAGUUGCAGUGGGGGAGGUUUAGGUUAGAUAUUAGGAAAAACUUUUUCACUAGGAGGGUGGUGAAACACUGGAAUGCACUACCUAGGGAGGUGGUAGAAUCUCCUUCCUUAGAAGUUUUUAAGGUCCGGCUUGACAAAGCCCUGGCUGGGAUGAUUUAAUUGGGGAUUGGUCCUGCUUUGAGCAGGGGGUUGGACUAGAUGACCUCCUGAGGUCCCUUCCAACCCUGAUAUUCUAUGAUUCUAUGCUCUGCUAGGGCUCCUAAGCACUUUCGUUGGAAUCAGCACAAUGCUGCAUUGUGAUCUUCCUUGAGGAAGUGACUCUAACCAGGCCCACGCGUUAUGCAGGGCUUUCCAGCCACAGACAUAUGGGAGCAGUGUCUCAGCAAAGAUUUUUUGGGAGCAAAAGCUUGCUGAGUGACAGCUGUAACUGGAGAGUGGGGGAGUUAUGGAGAGCAUGAGAAGUGAAAUUUAGUAGCCUCCUGUACAUAGUGUUUUACACUCUCAAAGUGCUGUGCAAGCAACCCCUCUCCUCCAUGGUAAUUGGUUGUGAUAAAUUGUAUAGUCAGUUGCUUGACCACACUUUGGUUUGUUAUUUGUUUGAAAUAUACUUGAGACCAAAGAAUCAAGGUCAGUUGGGUUUAUUGUUGCAAUACACGAAAAAUGUGUAUACAGUACCAGUCUCCAAAGAGCGGUUGCAUGCAGUGAUGGUACCUCAUCUUAUGCAGAAGUUGUGCUCCCCAAGUUACAGGUUUCAGUUGCUAUUAUUUACAUGAUUUUACAAGUUAUCCGUUUCUUUACGUCACUGAAGUCCAACCCAUCAGCUUGUUCCAGUUCCCUAACUUGUUGUUCUGUUCCUUCCUUAGCUUUGUUCUGGACAUUAGCAUUCCUCGUACUGAUCCAUGAAGGUCCUUCCCUAGCUGGUACCAUGACAGAGAGCGAAUGUGUCUGAUUUUGACAAGUUUCCUAUCUGCUUGUGCCAAAUGCUGACUUCAGCACAUUCCAAGUAUUAUGCGAUCCUUAGCAUAAGUGAACAGGAUUAUGGUGUAGACCAGGUUAAGUUCUAUCACUAUUGCAUUAUUGGUGCUUUGUGUAUUAUACACACACACACACACACACAUUAACACCAUAUACAAUAUGUAUAUAUGGUACAGAUAAUACAUAUUAUGAAUAUGUUAUAUAUUUGUAUGCUAACCGGCAUAUAUUAGUCAACAUCGGGCUGGCCAGUGAAUAACAGAUGCAGGCAAAUUGCUGUUGUGGUGAUCCCUUUGCCAACCCCAAAGGGAAGCACCCUGACUGGGUGACCCAUAAGGGUCUCUCCAUUCCAUUUCAGAAACUGACUAUUAAAUGGAAAACCUCAAUGCUCAGCUGCCAUUUGCUCCCCCAGCAAACUUACAGAAAAAACGAAAAUUCCACAGGCAGAUUCUGUGCCUGCUGGAAACCUUGGAAAGGGACCAAAAAACCAAGGAGUAAACACUUCAUCAGAUGGUGCCAGGAGAAGAGGGGCUGGGUACCUACACUUCGUUGGAUGUUGGGCUGCUGGGAACAUAAGUGGAAAGGAUGGGGACUGAGUGAGUUUCUUCAAUAAAGUGUGGUUUCAGAGUAACAGCCGUGUUAGUCUGUAUUCACAAAAAGAAAAGGAGUACUUGUGGCACCUUAGAGACUAACCAAGUUAUUUGAGCAUAAGCUUUCGUGAGCUACAGCUUAUGCUUAUGCUCAGAUAAAUUGGUUAGUCUCUAAGGUGCCACAAGUACUCCUUUUUUCAAUAAAGUGUGGGAUCAAACUUUUGCUAUUGUGCUGAAGUCUAGUGGAGUCGCUCCAGGUCGCUAGCAGUGUAACAGGGAGCAGAAUUUGGCCUUGUGUGUCUCAUCUCUCUAAGAAGUGCAGGUAGUUACUGCUAUGGACCCUGCUGAGAGGUCUAAAGGAGGAGUCAGUUUCUCCUACUCUCCGUGGUCCCACUUUGGCCAACCUUCCGUUGAGUAGCACCUUUGAAACCAAUGGGACUAUUCACAAAGUAAGGUUCUACUCAGCAUGUCGGGCAGAAUAAGGCCCAGAAUUAGAAUGGAUGAGGGUGGUCUCCAGGCUGGUAAUUUUACUGCUGUGGCUGCCACUGACCAGAGCUAUUCUGACCGUCACUGAGCUUACUCCUAUGGGUGUGUUUCCACAGACUGUUAGGAGAUGGGCCAUGUUUUGCCUCUGCUUGGUGCUUCGAUACCAAGAUGGGAGGGGUUGCAAGUGCUUUGGAGGGUAGGAUUAUAAUUCAAAAUGAUCUGGACAAACUGGAGAAAUGGUCUGAAGUAGAUAGGAUAAAAUUCAAUGUGGACAAAUGCGAAGUACUCAACUUAGGAAGGAAUAAUCAGUUGCACACAUACAAAAUGGGAAAUGACUGCCUAGGAAGGAGUACUGCGGAAAGGGAUCUGGAGUCAACAGUGUAACAUUGUUGGGGAAAAAAGUGAACAUCAUUCUCGGAUGUAUUAACAGGAGUGUUGUAAGCAAGACACAAGAAGUAAUUCUUCCGCACUGAUACAGCCUCAACUGGAGUAUUGUGUCCAGUUCUGGGUGCCACAUUUCAGGAAAGAUGUGGACAAAUUGGAGAAAGUCCAGAGAAGAGCGACAAAAAUGAUUGAAGGUCUAGAAAACAUGACCUAUGAGGAGACAUUGAAAAAAAUGGGUUUGUUUAGUCUGGAGAAGAGAAGACUGAGAGGGGUCAUAACAGUUUUCAAGUACUUAAAAGGUUGUUACAAAGAGGAGAGAGAAAAAUUGUUGUUCUUAACCUCUGAGGCUAGGACAAGAAGCAAUGGGCUUAAAUUGCAGCAAGGGAGGUUUAGGUUGGACAUUAGAAAAAAUGUUCUAACUGUCAGGAUGGUCACGCCCUGGAAUAAAUUGCCCAGGGAGGUUGUGGAAUCUCCGUCAUUGGAGAUUUUUAAGAGCAGGUUGGACAAACACCCAUCAGGGAUGGUCUGGAUUAGGGGUUCUCAAACUGGGGGUCAGGACCCCUCAGGGUUGCAAGGUUAUUACAUGGGGGGUCAUGAGCUGUGAGCCUCUGCCCUAAAUGCCACUUUGCCUCAGCAUUUAUAAUGGUGUUAAAUAUGUAAAAAGGUGUUUUUAAUUUAUAAGGGGAUCACUCAGAGGCUUGCUAUAUGAAAGGGUCACCAGUACAAAAGUUUCAGAACCACUGAUCUAGAUAAUACUUAGUCCUGCCUUGAGUGCAGGGCACUGGACUAGAAGACCUAUUGAGGUCCCUUCCAGUCCUACAAUUCUAAGCUUUGGUGACUAGUACUUCUGGCCCCUCAGCACUGGGCCUGGGUGCUGGCCCCUGCUAUUCAGCUGUGCAUGCUCUAAUCUGCCGUGGAACAAGGGCUGCUCUCAGAAUCACAAGAGCAAGCUGCCAGCGCUUACAGAUCAGACAGAAUCAAAGCUAAAAUGCUUCCUGGCUCUGCAGCGGUGCAAACCACUCCAAGUUUGAAUUGAUUUAAACCCAGAAGUGUCAACUUACUUGACUUGAAAUGUUCAUAACUUUAACACUCUGUAACUGAUUUUCUUCAAUCUUGUCUUAUUUUGACUUAAAAAUCGAAGUAUGUCUGACAGAGUUAGCUGCAGUGUACUGAGCAUGAGGGUGUGUGAGAAGUUGGUGUUAUAUAGGGUGUUAAAAGACAGUCUGGUGCAGUGAGGCCAGGUGUUAAUACAUAAGCAAAAGGACGUAGCAGAGCUGAGUAGAUUGAGUCUUCUGCCUUCAGUGCUGGUCCUGACUUCAUCAUCUUAUUGCUGGGUGAAAUGGUAUCUUUCUGCAUGGACUUGCUGUGUGGACUCAAUGGAGCUGCCACUACUCCGCUAUGCCUGAGAAGCAACAGGUCACCUGGAAGUGGGGAAAGCCCUGCCCUGCUGCUGGAAAUGCUCUGUCAGAUUUCAUUCGUUCCCCUCUCAAAUAUACAUAAUCCAGCUCCCCCCAACGUCCCUUUCCUGGGGUCAGCAGCACGGCAAGGGAGUUUUGUACUGAGAACGUGGCCGCCGGUGAACAGACAGGCUCUGAGCCCGAACCAUUCCAUGUAGCCGUGUCGCUGCUCUGGAAGCCCUGUGGGCCUCCUCAGCCAGGUUGACGGAAGUGAUGAGGAGUUAGCACAGACUGCCAUGAGGCAGAAGGUGGCUUUCAAACUUCAAUAAUGAUCCCACUAGCUUCCCCCUUUCUGCAGUGUGGUGCUUUGCAUCCCUUAAAGCACUGCCCAGAAGAGAAGGAUUAUUCCAUCUCCCAACCGGGGGAGAUUUGAGGCAGAGAGCUUGGGACCUGCCCAAAUCUGCAAAGGGAGGUGGUAUCAGAAGAGAUCAGGUUCUUGGGUGUUCCUGGCUCCCAAUCCUGUGUUUGGGCCAGUAAGUGACUCAGCAUAAGUCUCUGCUCUCCUCCCACUUGGAGAGCGCUGCAGCUGGGUGGGGCUGUGCACAGACACCCUUCGCCAUGCAGCUUUGGGGAUGUUUUUAUUGAAGGGUUUGUGUGUGUGUAUGAAGUCAUGUGCCAACUGUUGUGAAACACGGGCCUCAUUAAACAUGCAGUCUGUUCCUUUGCACUAUCGUGUGAAUUUCCUUCUGCAUGUUCCUGGCCAACACGGCCAGACUUGCCUUUCCUGCGUUCGUAACGUCCGCUAGCUGCCUGGCCUCCGUCCUCUCCUCGAAGGCCUCUGAGCAUUGGCCUGCUAAACCCAGGGUUGUGAGUUCAAUCCUUGAGGGGGCCAUUUAGGGAUCUGGGGCAAAAAUUGGGGAUUGGUCCUGCUUUGAGCAGGGGGUUGGACUAGAUGACCUCCUGAGGUCCCUUCCAACCCUGAUAUUCUAUGUUCUAUGUUCUAUUCUCGCAGCUGCCCUCCUCCAACUGGUCCAAUUUCGGUCAUGUUCAGACUGAUUCUGCUGGCAACAAAAGGCUGUUUUGGAAAAACCUGGGCUGUAUUCGCUCAUGGCCUGACAGCACAGAGCCCCACUCAGCCUGCACACGCUGUUCCUGUUCACAGCUGUGGCCACGCCCACGAGAAGCCCGUGAAACCCUCUCUGGAGGCAGCCUGGUGUCCUGUGCCUCGGGGCCGGGAGCUGAGACUCCCUUCCUCGCUCUGGCCUUCGUCCCCCCUGCUGUAGCGUGGAGAUCGUGUUCACCCACGACGGGGAAGUGGGGCGCCGGCUGUAAAGCGCGGUAUGUGACGUGUUGUCACCAGCCCUGCGACGAACCCCAGCCUGAGCCACAAGAGCAGGGCAAGCUGAGUGGCACUGAAGCAAGGGGUUAAAUUCAGAGCGGUUGUGAGAGGGGUUGUCAGACUUGCACCCACGCAUUGGGCUGAGCGGCUGUGCAGUGCGUCCUCGGGAACUGGGGAAGGUGUGAGUGAAAGGAAGCGGGGGAGGGGUGGCUAGUGUUGAAUUUUGCACCUUUUACACAGUCUUAGGGUUGUUGUUUUGAGCGGGGGGGGGAUUGGCAAUGUUCCUCUCUGGCCCCGCCCCCUCCCUGGGUGAUGUAGAGGGGACGUGGGUGGGAGUCCGGGGUGCUGCGACAUGCAUGGAGAGAUGUGACUUGUCCCCUCUUGCAAUCCCUGAGGACUCAGCGGCUUGGGCCUGGUAUCUAAUCCCCAUCUUGAUCCAGCCAUGGUGGCUCCGGGUUGCUCUGGGAGGCCACUGGGCAUCAAGGGAAGGCUUCUGCCUCUGCCCCUUUGUGAGACAGUGGAAGGCUGGCUGGGCAGGUUACUCCAGCCGCACUCUCCAGGCACUACCCCCUCCCCGUGACAGGGGUGUGGAACAAACCAAACAAGCAAAGGUUACAGCAGCAGUUGAGUCAACAGCAACCUGCGAGGGAGAAAAGCCCCUCAGUGCUGAGAGCUACCACCGCCUGCAGGAGCCCAGCCAGGAGGAGGAGCUGGGAGGCUUUUUGCUCUGGAAUCAACAGAAGAGGCUACAGUCGGCAUGGAGGCAGCGAGCCGAGGGGACGGCGCAGAAGCGCUGUCCAACGACAAGAUCUUUGUGCUGACUUGCGUCUACUUGGCGGCCUUAUCUCUGAGCCUCGUCGGCAGCAGCUCAGUCCUUGCUGUAUCCACCCUCAGGAGGAGAUGCUUCCACAGCCAGCUGCUCCCCCUCUUCCUGCUCUCCCUGGCAGACUUCCUGGCUGCCUUGGUGCUGAUCAUCACGGCUGCCAUCCAGCUCCUUCCAGCCCAACUCUUUGUCCUGGCUUACGAGUUCUGCCCCUACGGCCUGAUGCUGGCCAUGAUGUUCUACGCUAUCUCCUUCCUGAUGGUCAUUGUCUAUGCCUACGAAGUGAACCGCACCAUCCGUGGCUGGAGAGUGACGCACAUGACCGCUCUGCAGGAGGGACGCAGGUGCGCGGAGAGGGUGCAGCGCUGCCUGCCCUAUGCCCUGGCCUGGCUGCUCCCCGCCCUCAUGUUCCUGGGCCAGCUGCUGCUGAGAGGCACGUCCGUGAGAGACAUCGCUCCCAUGGCCGUCGAACCCGGCAUGCCCCGCACGGCCAAUCGCUCCCGAGAGGCCUACAGCCUGUACUGCUCCAGCUGCCUGGUCCUCAUCCACCGCGCGCAGGACGCCUGCUCCACGUACACGGGCGGGAAGGACACGGGCCUGGAGAUGAAAAUCAUCUUCUUCCUGUCCCUGCUGCUGGUGCUGAGCUGCUGCACCUUCCUGUACUGCAGGGUGAAGCUCUGGUGCAGGAGGAACAAUGAGGUGCGGUUGAUGAACAUGGAGAACGACGGCUUCGCCAGCAGGAACAUCCAAAGCGUUUGCAAAAUUUCUCGCUGCUUCCAGCUGGUUUUCCUGAUCUGCUGGACCCCAGCCUUCCUGCUCAGCAUCCUCUCCUUCACCAGCAUCGAGCCCGCCUCCAUCUUUGCACUUCAUGUUGCCAUGGCCCUGACCAUGUCCCUCCAAGGGCUCCUGCACAGUUUGGUCUACGGCUGGCUGCGGCAGAACUUCCGCCAGGAGGCUCUGGGGGAGACACUCCCCUUGAGAUACUACCCCGGCCUCAAAGCCUGCUACGAAGAAUCGUUCGGUGUUGAGUGCUAG